CUUCAUCACCCACUUCAACUCUCUGCUGCACCUCCACGCAUUUCUCACUUUCCCCUUUCUUAUUCCACCUUAUUUCGACUUCACCUCCAGGACCCCCCACAGCUCUCCCUCAAUCUCACAGAUAAGGUAGGUAUUUUGGGAGUUUCGUUGCUCAGGUUGGAUCAAAUUUCCUCAUACUUUUUUUGCCACGUUCUCCUUAGAGGAUCACCAUUACUCCAUCAUUACUCCACCUCCCCCCACCGGGCCGCGUCACAAAUGUCCUACGUCAUCACCCUCGACCUUGCAUGCAGCCCCAAGAACCUUAUGUGCCUAUAG